AUGGCAUUUAGAAAGGAAAAAAAGUUAACAGCGUCUGUAUUCGGAAAAAUAUGUAAAUUGCGUGAAUCCACUUCCCGAGACAAAGUCGCCAAGGAAUUGUUGUUUGGGACUUUUACCCGCGGUAAUGCUGCCACCCGGUAUGGAAUCCAGUACGAAGACAUGGCCAAAGAACAGUUACAAAAAGUCAUAGGGAAAAAUAUAAAAAAUGCAGGCCUUAUAGAUCAUGGUCUAUCAUUUUUGGCAGCAUCUCCUGAUGGUCUUGUGGACAAUAAUGCUUUAGUUGAAAAUAAGUGUCCAKCAUCAGCGAAAAGUAUGAGUCCAGAAGACGGAAUUUCUAUGAAAAAAAUAAAAUGUUGUGAAAUAAAAGAUGGGCAGCUGCAUCUCAAACGUAAUCACAACUAUUAUUACCAAGUACAAGGGCAAUUGCACAUUUCAAAUAAAUUAUAUUGCUAUUUUUGUAUUUGGACGCCUAAAGGUUUGAUGAYGGAAAAAAUAAAACGUGACGRCAGUUUUUGGGAAAACAAAAUKAAAAUGAAAUUAAAAAMAUUUUAUUUAGAAAACAUGUUGCCUCAAAUACUUGCUGAAGGAAUUAAUUAA